CGUGGAAUGUCAGGCAAAGGAAAAAGCAAAACUGGAGGUAAAAUUGGGAUCACGAAAAGCAAGACUAGAUCCGCCAGAGCAGGGCUUCAGUUUCCUGUCGGAAGAAUCCAUCGAUUUCUGCGCAAAGGAAACUACGCCGAACGAAUUGGAGCCGGCGCUCCCGUUUACGUCGCAGCUGUGAUGGAGUACCUCUGUGCUGAAAUAUUGGAAUUAGCUGGAAAUGCGGCAAAAGAUAACAAGAAACAUCGAAUCAUUCCCCGACAUAUCCAGCUGGCAAUACGAAAUGACGAGGAGCUGAACAGGUUGCUGCAAGGGGUCACAAUUGCCCAGGGGGGUGUGCUUCCCAAUAUUCAGGCAGUUCUGUUACCUAAGAAGGUAUCCUCGACAUCUGUCAAGGCUCCGAAGUCUCAAAGUCAGGAGUACUAACUUGGUUUGAGAGUCUGACGAUGUUCUCUGAGUUUGUCUAUGAACAUCUUUUUGAGGUGCUAAAUCUGUUGCAAAUGCCAUGAGAAAUGGCGGCGCUUAUUAGGUGCUCCAAAGUUCUAUUUAGUUUUCUGUUACCGCUCUUUAUAUAACAAUAUGAAACUGGCAGUCUAUUGAUUCUUAGCUGUUCGAAAUAUACUUUUUGUUCUUUGUUCGUAUCGUGUCUCAUUGAUCGAAAAUGAUUUUUAGUUAAA